GCAGGACUCUGUCAUGUGAUUGUUUGUUGGCGAUCUGCUGUAAAGAGCCGCAUCAUUUCAUUACGGCAACAAACAGACGCUUGUCCCGGGUAAAUUCCCCCUUUACCCACUCUCUCCCUACUCCGCCAUGGACGAAACGAGCCCGCUGGUCUCGCCGCUCCGCGAUUCCAACGAUUUUAACUACGGGCCCGCCGAGCCGACCAGUCCCCGGGGUGGAUUUGGAAGCACGCCGGGUUCAGUAGUGCGUCUUCCGGCAGGAAGUCCCGGACGCAGCCGCGAGAGACAGCCGCUGCUAGACCGAGAUCGAGGCGCGUCUCCCCGGGAUCCGCAUAGGAACGAGUUCCCGGAGGACCCGGAGUUUCGGGAGAUCAUCCGGAAGGCGGAGCGGGCCAUCGAGGAGGGCAUUUACCCGGAGCGCAUCUACCAGGGCUCCAGCGGCAGCUACUUCGUCAAAGAUUCAGCAGGGAAGAUCAUUGGAGUCUUCAAACCAAAGAAUGAGGAGCCGUAUGGCCAGCUGAACCCCAAAUGGACCAAAUGGCUUCAGAAGCUGUGCUGUCCGUGCUGCUUCGGCCGCGACUGUCUGGUUCUGAAUCAAGGCUACCUGUCGGAAGCCGGAGCCAGUUUAGUGGACCAGAAACUAGAACUCAACAUUGUGCCGCGCACCAAGGUGGUGUAUUUAGCAAGUGAAACCUUUAAUUACAGUGCCAUUGAUCGAGUAAAGUCUCGAGGAAAAAGGUUAGCGCUGGAAAAAGUGCCCAAAGUGGGCCAACGUUUCCACCGGAUCGGCCUGCCACCUAAGGUGGGUUCAUUCCAGAUUUUCGUAGAAGGUUAUAAAGAUGCAGAUUUCUGGCUGCGGCGGUUCGAGGCAGAGCCUUUACCAGAAAACACUAAUCGUCAACUUCAGCUACAGUUCGAGAGACUGGUGGUGCUGGAUUACAUCAUCAGAAACACAGAUCGAGGAAAUGACAACUGGCUCAUAAAAUAUGAUUAUCCGAUGGAUACCUCAAGCAACAGGGACAGUGAUUGGGUGUUAGUGAAGGACCCUAUCAUUAAACUGGCAGCCAUCGACAAUGGUCUGGCCUUCCCUCUCAAACACCCAGACUCAUGGAGAGCCUACCCGUUUUACUGGGCCUGGCUUCCACAGGCUAAAGUUGUGUUUUCCCAAGAGAUCCGAGAUUUAGUUCUGCCUAAAUUAGCAGACCCGAACUUCAUCAAAGACCUCGAAGAAGAUCUGUAUGAACUUUUUAAGAAAGAUCCAGGUUUCGACAGAGGACAGUUCAAGAAGCAGGUCUCAGUAAUGAGGGGUCAGAUCCUGAACCUCAGUCAGGCGAUGCGGGACGGAAAGACGCCGCUCCAGCUGGUGCAGAUGCCGCCGGUGAUCGUGGAGACGGCCCGAGUGCCACAGCGCGCCAACAGCGAAUCCUACACGCAGAGCUUCCAGAGCAGAAGACCCUUCUUCACAUGGUGGUGAUGCAGCCUUUUACUUGCGUCUGCAGCCUGGUUUUAGUCACGUUUUUGAUGGGAGUUUGGGAACAAAUGAAUGAAGGACAAACACAUUAUCCUGAAGGAGGAGCAUCGCCUUGUUGACUGUUACACUGUAUGGACACGUUCAAAAUGACUUGCAUGUCAAUAAGAUGAUGAAGGAGAAGCUUUUCUGCUGUAGUAAAACAUCAAUGCUUGAUGGCUGCUUUCCCAGCACUGGAUCUCCUGGAACUGCUCACUCGUGCUUUACUUUCACUUUCCUGCAAUCGUUUGAAAAAAGCCACACACACACACACUUCUGUUCUCUGCUUUCCUUAUAUUUUUCUACUUUUGUACAAUGCACGUGACUGAUGCCGUAACCUGAAGCUCGACUGAGCAUGUGCGGAAACACUGGAAGGUGUCUCUGUGACAUCAUUCUGUUUUGUUUUUUUUAUUGCUGGGCAGUGAUUAAUUUCAUCCAAAACUAUAGUUUGGACGCCAACUAUAUGUAGAUAUAUAUA